AAAGUUCAAGGGGUAUGAAUACUUUUGCAAACCACUGUAUAUAGCACUUUUCAUAGAUUUGAAAUCCCAAAGUGUUCCAUAAUAAAAGCAAGCAAGACAUAUUUAAGAACGAACACCAAAAUUGCAAAAAGUACUAAUAAAACAGUAUAUAGAAUACACACAGUAAAAGCUCUAACAACUUAACUAAAAGCCUGUUUGUAAAAAAACAUCUUCAGGUGUUUUUUAAACGUUGAUGAAAUCAGGUAUGUGGACAGAUUGGGGCAGUUCAUACCAGAAUUGGAAUGCAACUGACUGGAACGACCAAUCCCGAGAUUUAAAUUGUGCGGGGUACCACCUACAACCACAGACCUGAUGAACCUGUGGUGUGUAGAGAGCUGUAUUAAAUCCGAGAUAAAGGGGGAUCAAAUGACAUUAAAGUUUCUGAGGAUGGACUGGACAAAUGGACCUAAAACACCAAGGAAUUUUUAUUUGAGGAACCUUAUUUUCCAGCGCAAUAAUUAAAGUUUAUUCUUAUCAAAUUCAGUUGCAAGUAGUUGUCACUUAACCACUGUUUAAUGUUAGCUAAACAAUUUGUUGACUCUAUGAAACUCACAUUUUUUUUGAAUAAACAGUAGCUGAUGUAAAGCAGAUGUUGCACAUUUGUAAAAUGCUGAAAUGCUUGCUCAAAAGGGAGAUUAUUAAGAAUAAAUAAAAUAGGUCCUAAUACAGAACCCUGAGGUACACCACAAAACACCACUGUCUUCUUUUCCCAACCUAUCCUAAUAUUUUUGUUUAUUAAUAAUUUUAACCACAUCAGAAAAGGAGAUGAAGUCUAUUGUAAGUAAAGAUUUUUAUAUUUAAAUAAAAAUGUGAGGUGUAGAAUGUACUUGGGAUGAAAAUAUGUCAAAGUUGCCUUGAAUCUGAGGCCAAAUCUCAGUUUUUAACAGUUUUUCAUUUUGAUGUUAGUGAAUCUCGUUAAAGAGGGUACAGCUAAGAGGAGGAGCAGCAAGAAGGAGGAAGUAUGGACUUUUUCCACUUUAUUUACUGACGUGACUGUGAAGCAGUUUGGCAAGAUGGCCGUCUAGUUUGUCACUCCUCAAGCAAAUAAAGAGUUGAUUUUAAAAUGAAAACAAUCGAAAUUGAUGGAACCAAAGUCCGAGUACAGAUCUGGGACACAGCUGGACAGGAACGGUAUCAAACCAUCACGAAACAGUACUACAGGCGAGCGCAGGGUAUUGUAUUUGUGUAUGACAUCACGAACGAGCCGUCCUUCCAGCACAUAGCGAAGUGGGCCAGUGAUGUGGAUGAAUUUGCUCCAGAUGAUGUGCAGACAAUUUUAGUAGGAAACAAGGCUGAUGAGGAGAUGAGGAGACAAGUGACAAAGGACCAAGGAUACAGGUUAGCGGAAAACUAUGGGAUGGAGUUCUUUGAGACCAGUGCUUCCACCAGCAGCAACAUCUGUGAGUCGUUCAUUCGUGUGACAGAACUGGUGCUGCAGGCUCACAGAAGAGACGUGGACAGCCUGCUGGGAUCUCUGGACGACUAUUUGGACAACGCUGUCCUGGAGAAAGAGAAGAGGAGUCAGGAUAAUGAUGCUCAGAGGACGUGUGGCUGUUAAACACAAGGAAGUCUUUCUCAGUGCCAUARCUAGUAGCUUAAAGAUGUAAAUGUAAUCGCUCCUCCUGUGACACUACAGACUCUGAACAGGAGAUUUCUAGAUUACUUUCAACUUUUGAAAACAACUUGUCGGUAAAUACACUAAGUAGCAGCCGGCUGUUUGAUGGCACAAUCUGGAAAUCUUGCUACCAGACAAGUAUUCAGAUCGGCACCACACAUCUGCUUCCUCAGUUUUCAGAUCAUCACAAUGUUACAAUCAGGGUUUGGCCAAAAUUCAUCAAUUUAUCAAUGUGGGAGGAUUUUAGUUUAAUUGGUGCUCAAAGUGGAGUUUGUAWCCAUAAAAUACUUUUUGCAUUGUUAACAAUGAUGGUGACAGGAACACUCACCAGAGCACAUGCAUAAAUUAUUUAGGUUUGAAAACCCAAACUAAUCAGGAGAGGGUUAAUUUACACGAUGGACUCAUUUCCUCGAAAGCAGUGCAGUGUGCCACARCGACUGAUCCUAAAGCAGGAACCUUGUUUCGAUGAUGUUCCAAAGAAUAUAUUUAUACAGAAGCUAAUAAAUUACAAUUUUCAUUCUGAAAAAAUUAAAAAGGGUGACGUGAGCCUCGCUGGGUGAUUCAAUUAGAACUGAAUUAAAGGAGUCAGGUGCACGGGGAGUUCAGGCACGGGGUCCAUUCAUUUUUCAUCACAAGCUGGGAGACGCAGGUGAUCACUGUUCAAUAUUUAAUGMCUUAGAAAACUAAUACGUGUCAUUGGAGAAAUCAAAAACCCACACAUAUCCGGUGACACAUGUUGAUUUAGACUUUAAAAUUCAGAUUCUUAUGAAUAACUAAACACAAUCAGAGGACAGGAAAUAUAUUUUGGAAGAUGGAUGUUGUUUAUUACUGCGAGCUUUAAAAAGAAGUGAGCGAUGAGCUUGUUYGGCGUUACAUCAGUGUGUGAAAUUUGUGGAGUGUAGCGUUUCACUCGGAGGUCAGGUUCCUGCAGGGCCAUCUGACACUCGUGAAGAGUAACUUUGUGCUUUGAAUGAGUCAUGUGACCCGGCGUCAGGAUACCGUCGCAUCCAAA